AUGACCCUUUUUAGGAUUAUUGUGAGGAAUAUUGAUUCAUUUAAUAUGUCACGCCUAAGAUUACCUAAACUUCAUCAGUUUUUAAAAGCUAAUUCAGGUGAAAUUCGAGAAAACUGCCUUAGAAAUUGUGAAUAUUUAGUAGCUUAUAAAUUAAGGAGAGGACAACAAGUUUUAAGUUUAUACAAAAAACUAUGGGGAGACAUGUAUUUCAAGCAAAUGUUUGAUCAUUUAAAGGAAAAAUUACAAAAGCAGUUUAUUGAAAGGAAAAAAUUAUUAACAUUAGCUGGAAGCAUGUUAUUGUUUGACUGGAAUAAAAAUAGAAUAGAUGAAAAAUAUAUGAGGUCUCAUUACCUAGACCUAGAAUAUAUAAAAUAUUUAACAAAUCUUACCAUCACUUGUAGUGUUUGUCAUAAACGAUUGGUAAUCGAUAGCCCUAGCCCUAAUGUAGAUUAUUGUAGUUGCAAUGGAACUAAACCCGUUUAUAAUAAAAAAGUCGGAACGUGUCCGUGGGUGCCAUUUUUGGAACGACAAGACUUGUUGGUAUGGCGAAAAGAACAAGAUCACAAUCCUGGAAUGUAUGAAUACAAGGUAUAUGGUUUUUAUGAAGAAAUAAGAGCGGAUAUGUUCUUGCAAGUUCAAUUAGAUAUAGAAUAUCGAAAGACUUGGGAUCUAACAGCAGUAGAAAUAAAGCUAGUAGAUUCGGAUCCUUAUUCAAAUAGUAAUGUUCUCUAUUGGGAAAUGCAGUGGCCAAAGUUUUUUGCAAAUAGAGAUUAUGUUUUUAAUAGACGAUACAUAAUAGAUCCGGUUGAAAAAGUCAUGGUCAUAACGAAUCACAUAACGGAACAUCCUAGUGCUCCGGAAAGUUCACAAAAAUUUCGCGUGAAAGACUAUAAAUGCACUAUGGUUAUAAGACCGGUAACAACGUUCGACAAACCAGGAGUCAAAUUUUGUAUGACGUAUUUUGAUAAUCCGGGAUUAACAAUACCUGGUCCCAUUCAAACUUGGGUUGCUACCUCUGCAAUGCCUGAUUUUUUAACUCGACUUCGUUCGGCGUCCAAGAGAUAUACCGUAAAUCCGGAUAAAAGAAAUUCUGGCGGAGAUGAACCAUGUCAAGAAGGAUUUUUUAAAAAUUUUUCAAUAAAACAAAACACAUCAAAUUAUUUGCAAAAAACAGCAUGGGUUAAUCAUUUUAAAAGUUAUUUUUUGUCAUCUUGA